UUUGGUCGAGGAUUUCGUUGACGGUAACGAUCCUCUUGGCUUUUAAUCUUCGGAUAUUCGCCACAGGUUGAACUUCUGUUUUCUUCCAUCAGUGCGGAACAGAAAUUAAAGUCUGCAUCUGUUCACGUGCACGCUGACUUUCCGGACGUUCCGCAGCACGUUUUUCUGGAGGAUGCUUUCCAACGCGGGUCUCCUGCUCCUGAUGUGCUUUGUCACAAGCAGCGGGGCAGAGAAUGCGGAGGAAAGGUUGAUGAACUACCUGUUGAGUCCGCAGCGCUACAACAAACUGAUCAGACCAGCUGUCAACAAAAGUCAGCAGGUCACCAUCUCCAUCCAGGUGACCCUGUCUCAGCUCAUCAGUGUGAAUGAGAGAGAACAGAUCAUGACCACCAACGUGUGGCUGUUUCAGGAGUGGAACGACUACAGGUUGAGGUGGGAACCAGACAAAUAUGAAGGCGUUAAGAAACUGCGAAUACCGUCCAACCUCAUCUGGCUUCCAGAUAUCGUGCUCUACAACAAUGCUGAUGGUGUUUAUGAAGUUUCCUUCUACUGCAACGCUGUCGUUUCUAACACUGGGGACAUCUUCUGGCUCCCUCCAGCCAUCUACAAAUCAGCCUGCGCCAUUGAGGUGCAGAACUUUCCGUUCGACCAGCAGAACUGCACUCUCAAGUUCCGCUCCUGGACCUACGACCACACGGAGUUGGACCUCAUCCUCACAAGUGACUUUGCCAGCCGGGAUGACUUCACACCGAGUGGCGAAUGGGACAUUGUCUCGCUGCCGGCGCGUAAAAAUGAAGAUCCCAAUGACAUCACCUACCUGGACAUCACCUAUGAUUUUGUGAUCAAGAGGAAGCCGCUGUUUUACACCAUUAACCUCAUCAUUCCGUGUGUGUUGAUCACCUCGCUGGCUAUUCUGGUGUUCUACCUGCCAUCAGACUGUGGGGAGAAGAUGACGUUGUGUAUCUCAGUGCUGCUGGCACUCACCGUGUUCCUCCUGCUCAUAUCCAAGAUCGUACCGCCCACCUCUUUAGCUGUGCCACUUAUAGGUAAAUACUUGAUGUUCACCAUGGUGCUUGUCACAUUUUCCACGGUGAGCACCGUGUGCGUCCUCAACGUGCACCACCGCUCCCCGUCCACCCACCACAUGCCAGACUGGGUCAAACGAAUCUUCUUAGUUCAACUCCCCACGUUCCUCCUCAUGAGGCGGCCGGGCUCCUCCAGUGUUCGGGAAAAGCUCCGGCAGAAGUACUCCAAUAGAAAUAUCACUGGGAAAAAUGCCAAAAAUUUCCAGAGUGCCACAGGGAAGAAACAAUAUUCCAGCUUCAAAUUCGGAGGGAUCCGGACGGACACUGACUCCUUCUAUGUUAAUGAAGGUUUGGCCCCUAAGUUUGACUGGAAGGUGGGUGACAUUCCCGAUGGAGGAGGUGGAUUUUCAGACUUCCGGAGACGAGCUGGUGUUCAGGAGGAUGCAGUUUUGGAAGAAGCGGUGGAUGGAGUCAGAUACAUUGCUGAACACAUGAAGACAGAAGAUGAUGAUGAAGGGAUCAUAGAGGACUGGAAGUAUGUGGCCAUGGUGAUUGACCGUCUGUUCCUGUGGAUCUUCAUUUUGGUGUGUGUGGUUGGCACGCUGGGACUCUUCAUGCAGCCUCUUUUCCAAAGCUACAACACGCCCACAGCCAAUGACGCAGUGUACGGAGAUUCCCGGCUCCUGUGAUAUGGAAAAGAAAGCAGCCGCUUCCAUCCAGCUGUAACAGGCGCCACACCAGGUCUGGCUCUGAUUCUCCUCUUUGAUGACUCUCUCCGGACCGGUUACGGAGCCAGAACUAUCCAAUCAGCCACAUUGGCUGCGUUUAUAAUGGAGGAUUGGAGGUACGACGAUGUACAAAAAAAAAAAAAAAAACAUAUCGACGAGCUUUAUAUGAAUAAAUGUUUUACGGCUCAGCGUUUACACAACUUCUAUCACAAAGCCAAGACGUGCACAAGUUUUUUCAGGGAUUCUUUUCUCCUGCAUCCACUAAACGCUCGUGGUUUGAAAUGUUUGUCAGCGCUGUGGACUGGAUGUGGUGCUGAUGGAAGGGGGCAGAGCUCUGCUGCAGAAGUGCAGACGCACAACGCCUCUGCAGAAUCGAUGUACCAAAGACACAGCAGCAGUUCAUCACCUCCAGCUGGUCUGAUCUCACCUGGAAAACCAUCCACGUGCUGGCACACAGCCACCCACCUCAUUCCCUCUUCUCACAGGAACGAUACAAGGAGUCUAUCACUUCAACAAAUAAAGCAUC